UUUGAAAAGUCUGUUUGAUGUUGUUUUUUGUUCAUCCUGCCUAAGAUUGAAGGAUAAAAUUUUAAUUUAAUGUUGUAUUCUGCGUGAUUCUUGAACUGAUGAACACAUUGGCUUUGUUGUGCGUGCAUGUGUCUCUCGUGCAAUUACAUUUUUAUCUUUGUUUGUCAAGAUUAUAUUGAGUGUGACCUUGAAUCGUGUUAUGUGGUAAUGUUCAGCUGGCCCGGAGCCCAGGCACGCUUAAUCGAUGGUGUAAUCUUUUGCUAUGACGGUUGUAAUAACAUACAUGUGUAAUUCUGAAACACAUGCCAAAUGCAGCCUUUACCUUUCUUUUUUACCCAUUUUUAAACACGGGAUUCUCCAAUGUUGAUGCUAUUUUGAGUUCUUUUUGGAUCAAAUUCGAGUUCUUUAAAUUCUAACAAGAAUUCUAUGUUCUGUAGAAACUAGUUCCGGUUUCUUCUACAGAAUUAUACACAAUCCAAUUAGGUUGCUGCUAUAUACCUAGGUAUAGCCGUUUCACAAAAUGCACAUAGGCUUCAAUGCCACAUACAAAUGCGUACACAUACAUUUUUUGCAAUGUCACUAGGUUUGGUUUAGCAGGAAAGAAUGUUGUCCAUGUACAACUGGUAUGUAAACACCGUUGAUACAAGCAAGGACACAAGCAAGGGCAAGAAAUUUCACAGGUGCAUGCACUCGCACAGUGAACCACAUAAGCUUUGAAACGCUGUUAAUAACAAAAAUGAUCAAUGUCCCUUAUGCAGACUUCCUCCACAGGAAUACUUAAAGACAAAUUUUACGAACCUAGCUGGAACACUGGAAGUUCAUUUUCUGUCUAUGGUUAUGUAUACAAAUACAUACAUGCUACACCUUUUGUGCAAACACGCAGGAAUGUGGGUCCACUGUUGCCAGUGAAUCUAGUGUUGUCAUGGAGGGAACUUCCAUUCUUGGCAUGUGAUUCGAUCGGACCACUCCACAACAUAGCGUGGUUGGAAUGAGGAUAUGAGUUGGGCAUCAUUUAUUUUGCAUCAGAAUGUGUUUAAAUAUGUGGAUAGAACUAAAUCUCGCGAUUUAUGUCCAAUAUGCUCAUACAUGUUGAAUCAAACCUUUUGAUUCGUAGCUCUGCUUCCUAGUUGUUUAUGUCACACACUGGAAUACUCAUAGUCUAAUGUAAGUUUAGUAUAAGAUUCACUCGAGUCCCAUAUCGUAUUUCAGUUUCUGGACAGAAAACUUUGUAGGCUUCUCAAUUUUUUACUGCUGUUAAUGAGCACCAUCACUGGAUAUAAAUUGAUAUGAUGGUCUAAUAUAGUGCAAGUUCGGGGUUGUUUACUUGCUAAUUGGGGUUGUUUUUUAUGUUUUCCAACUCUGAUUUUUUUCUGUUCCUUAUACCAGCUUCAGAUAAUUGCAGCUCCUGCCAAAAAAUUCUUUUAGUGGUGGCACUCUACCUCGUUUACAGCGGGAAUUGUGCACCAUUACUGAAGGAAAAACGUGCUCUUUCCGUCGACGAAAACAUAGCUAAUGAUGCACAGAAGAAAAACCAAGAAUGCAGGAAAUACUACAUGUCCAAAUACUUUGUGUGGCAACCGGAACUGAACGUUUGUGUUCCUUGCAGUUUUUGCCAGGGAUUGACCGAGGUAUUCUGUCGAGCAUGUUGGGAAAUCGCAACGACCGUGACACCUUACCCCACAACCCGUCAGCCUGUCGCAUCUAGCCAAGGCCCGACUAAGAGUGAGUUUGGCAUCCUCGUCACAGGAACUGAUCAGAGGCAGACCGAGACCUCUACCGAAGAUGGACGGUCGACACCCACGUUAUCUCGAGAAAAUGCCUCAAAGUCUGAGUUUGGCAUCUUCCCUGGGAUCGUUUCCACCAUUGUCACUGUGGCCGCCGUCAUAGGCCUGUUCGUCAUCGCAUUCAAAUUCUUCAAGAUUAGAAGGAACAAACGGCGACAGGGACAAAUACCCGCCACCUCUCUGCGACAGGGAGAAAUAGAAACAUGUUUGCAGGGGUCGCAGGAACAACCAGGAGUGGUGGCACAAGAGACCCUGCCAGCCGAUGAGUAUCAUCCAUUGAAUCCCGACAGCUUGACUAGCACUGCGCUGCAGGAAACUUGCGUGUAAGGCGUCACAGAAACCAAUUCGGUACGGCGUUGCAUGCUCAAAAUGUCAGCAUGUCGUAGAUCAAUCAAGAGCACUGAUCAUUUUUCUCGAAUAACCUUACCACAUCAAAAUAUCGAACUGUCUCGUUGGUGUUGAUGGUUUAAGGGGAAGCAAUGACAAAUGAAAUGACAUUUCAUGGAUAAUAAUCACGGCAAAAGCAAUUUCACACCAAAUUCCAAUUCCAAAAAAGGUUCCAAAAUUAUUUUGAAAAAAUGCAGUCAGUUUUUUAUUCCAGCAAAUUGUUUGAGUGAAUUAUAUAAAAUAAGAAUUCAUGUGGGGAAUAAAUUUGUUGAAAAUAAGUGUCGAUAAUUUUUCUUAUUCAAUCAACAACUGAUGGAAACUUAGCGACGAAAACAUAACACCACUAUAAGAAGAAGAAAAUCAAGGCAUUUUUUAAACAAAUAGGACAUAACUUGAAAUGGAAACGGGACAUGGAAAUGAGAAAAUAGGCGGAGAAAAAAGGAAAGAAUAAAUGAAAUCGAUUUUACCACGUACGUUUAAACACUAAGCAUAUUGGGUCAACCUACAUAAUGCUUACUGAUGUUUGAAGUCGACAUACUUGUGCCUGCUCCCAGCCCCGAGAGGCUGGGAGCAAGUGUACGAAAAAACGAUACCGUGUACAGAUUGUACAGUAGCUUAGAUUUUGACAAUUUGGAUUUACUAAUGCAAUUAUCGAUAUAGUUCUUCGUAUUAUAGCUCUGUGUUUAAAAUAUCAUUAAAAAUAUUAAUAAGCUGCCGUACAUUUUGCCAAAAGGAAUACUGAGACGUGUAAAUGCUUGAAAAGUUAGAGGGUCAGACGUUUCGAUCCAGUUGGUACAUACACUACUCCCAUUUUGCCUACAGCUUGAAUUGGCGGCAAACGUUUUCAAGAAUAUCCCCUUUUGGUUGGCUUUCGAUUUUGUGUCUAAUUCGUUCUAAAUGGAUUGUAUUUUCAUUUAGUAUUUAGUAGCGCGUGUAUUACAUAGUGUUCUGGUAGCUGUAAUGGAUUUUUAACUCUCCACCUUUUAUACCGACGGCCAAUUAUAAUUUUAUCUGGCACUCGUAGGAAAAACACGACUGUGACGUUAUGUACAGAAAAAGCUCCAGUAAGAUCAAGACAUAAAGAUCUUCAAAUAUUUCCCAUUUGUGUGUCUGAAAUGUCAAUGUUUAGCUCGACCCUGAAUGGAAAAAAAACAAUUUCGCUGUGCAACUUUUUGAAAAAACAAUCCCUGUGUAUCAAAGACGAAAUACAGAAUUAUGUGGAAUAUCAAUUUGCAGUUUUGAUUUCUCAUCUAGGAAGGAGACAGUACAUUACUUUUAAUGGCCUUUAGUUAAAAUGCUGUAUAUACAAAAUAACAAUUUGUUUUGCUAGAUGUUUUGAGAAGGUAAAGUAAAGAAAAGCAUGAAAUGUCUUUCCCUCCUCCCUAUGCGAUGGCUUUCACCUUUUUUUCGGCUGUUCUUGAAACCGGCCGCCUUGAGGCAAUUCCAAAAUACAAAAUUUCAAUUAAACUAUAAAAAGCGACCACUGUUCAUAUAUUGUACGAGAAAUUAAGAUAAUUCCAUGCAUUUUGUUUACUUAACCUUCAUUUUUAGGUAAGAUAAUGUAGGUAAACAGUUAAUUGUGUAGAUGAUAAAAUACUGCUGAGCAUGCCAUGAGAGUUGUUGCUGCUUAUAAGUCUGCAAGUAUUUGUUUCUAAUUUAGUCUGAACCAAACGUAGCAAUUAGAGCAGAUACAGUUCCAAAGCAGAUUUAAGAACAAAAUAAAAUCAAAAAUGUUUUGACUAACCACUGAAAUCCCCAACUUUUAACACUGCCUUUCCAAUUAUUACACACCGAAUACCUGUUUCGCAAUUUAUCCAUUUAUGCUCUGACACUUUUGGAUGUUUUUUAUGUUUCAUUAUUGUAUCUAUAUGUUAGACUGAAAAAAACCCAAACAUGGCUGAAUCUAGAGAAUCACUCUAAAAGCAAUAUGCGGGGGGAUCAUUCAAAGAUAUAAACUGUGUCAGAGUUUCAAGAGUUGUAAUAAUGUAGUCGCUCACAAGCCAAUACCUAAAGAGAGAGCCUUGGUCAUAGUUCUUCGGAUUAUCUUGUGACUUUAGUCGAGACUUAAAAUUGACUUGCAAUUGACAAGAGAUGACUUGAGACUACAAGAUUCAAAAUCUAGACAUUUUCAUAUGACUUCCUUCCUCCUGAGAAUUUGUGUUCACGUUUUACUGUUGGAGACUGUAUGGAAAUAACGGGCAGAUCUUUUCUUAUCCUUGCCUUCUUAAGUUUUCAACCAACCCUCGCUAACAAACUGAAAGAAAAAAAGCACUCUAGUUAUCUACUCAAAUUGUAAUUUUCAGAUUUACGCUUCCAUAAUAGUUAGAAUUAAAUGGUGUGCUCAGCUGAAAAAAAGAAGGUUGUCUCUUUUCUAAACUUUA